ACUGACCGGUGUAUAAACGACACAUUGUUGUGUUAUGUUUUGGUAAAAAUAAUAGACUCUGGAUCUAGAAUCUAGAUCUAUUUCUAAUUAAUUACUUGAUCUACUAAUUAGAUCAUUCAGUAAUGGAAUCCAUACUUGAGCAACAACGCCGUAAUCAUGAAGAAAGGGAGAGACUAAUGGAAGCAAUGACAAGCGAAAUGCUACACCAAAAGAAAACGCAAAGGGAACAAAUAAAUUCAGACCACAGGCUUAAAAUUCUCCAUGAUAGAUAUGCAGAAACCACUAGAGAGUUGAAGGAACUCUAUGAAGAUAAAGAUGGUGUCCGUAAAGAAGAAAUACAAACUUUGGCUGGGCCCAAUGAGUAUGCUGAGUUUAAGAAAAGACUUAAUGCCAUUGAAAACUUUUACCGCCAACAUCCCAAUGAGGUUAGCAUACCAAUGUCCAUUGAGUUUGAUGAGUUGGCUAAACAGAGAGAAAGUCCACCAGAUGAUGCACAGAAUAUGGUUGAUUUCACUGAUGAAGAAGGUUAUGGUAAAUACUUGGACUUACACAAAUGUUUUGAACAAUUUUUGAACUUAAAAGGCAUUGAUAAAAUUGACUACAUUACAUAUUUGUCCACAUUUGAUCAUCUGUAUGAUAUACCAAAAGACAGAAAGAAUGCAGCUUACAGAGAGUACCUAAUCUUUUUAUUAGAUUACCUAGCAGAAUACAUGUCAAAAAUAAAGCCUCUGGUUGACUUGUCAGAUGAGGUUGAACAAGUCCAGAUAGAGUUUGAAAGACUGUGGGUUGAUGGCAUGUUUCCAGGGUGGCCAAAAGAAGCAUCUGGUGCUCUGACACACUCUGGUGCCCAUCUUGAUCUGUCUGCAUUUUCAUCAUGGGAGGAAUUGGCAUCCUUGGGUUUAGAUCGUUUGAAGUCUGCUCUUAUGGCACUUGGAGUCAAAUGUGGAGGAACCCUAGAGCAAAGAGCCCAGCGCUUGUUCAGUACUAAAGGCAAAAGUUUGGAUGAACUUGACCCAGCUCUUUUUGCCAAGUCCAAGCCAGGAAAAGCAAGCAAAGUUGGUAAAAGCAAAGAUUCAGAAAAGCAAAAGGAGAUUGCUCUGUUGGAGGCUCAGGUGUACAGGUUAAGUGAGCUGUUGAGUGAACAGAGGUCGUCCACUCGCGACAAUGUGCAGCGCAAGCAAGCUCAGACAGGGGAGGAGAGGGAAGAGUCUGAUGAAGAGAAAUUUGAAGAGUCUGAUUCAGAUGAGGAUGCUGAUGAUGCACCUUACAAUCCUAAAGAUUUGCCUCUUGGUUGGGAUGGGAAGCCAAUCCCAUAUUGGCUUUAUAAACUUCAUGGUCUAAAUUUGACGUACACGUGUGAAAUUUGUGGAAACCAUCCAUACAGAGGACCUAAAGCUUUCCAAAGACAUUUUGCAGAAUCCAGGCAUGCACUGGGAAUGAGAUGCCUUGGUAUCCCCAACACAGCUCAUUUUGCUAAUGUCACAUCUAUCGAAGAUGCUCUGGCGCUAUGGACAAGGAUCAAAUCAGGAAAGGAAGCUGAGCGAUGGAAGGCUGACACUGAGGAGGAAUAUGAGGACUCUCAAGGAAAUAUUAUUAAUAAGAAAAUGUACACAUUGCUGAAGAAAGAAGGCAUUUUAUAAGAGUUUGUACUUAAAAUUGUUUUUAUGAAAUAAACUCUUAAUAUUUUU